UUUGCAAAACUUGUUUCACUUUGUUUUUGGAGAAAGCUGAGGUUUGUGCUUCAAACAAAAGACAGCCAAUUACUAACUUCUGGUUGCUAGGCGUGGCCUCUGUGCAAACCCUAUAAAACCAGUAGUCCAAGGCUUCACUUGUAGUCUGAAACCUUCAGAGAAGAGCCUCUCUUGAGUUCUUUGGAAGAAGGUAGAAAAAAGACACUUCUUUAAAAUGGCAAUGGUAUCAGAAUUCCUCAAGCAGGCCCGUUUUAUUGACAGUCAAGAACAGGACUACAUUAAAAGUGUGAAAUCAUCCAAAGGCGGUCCUGGCUCAGCCGUGAGCCCCUACCCCAGCUUUAAUCCCUCCUCUGAUGUUGCUGCUCUUCACAAAGCCAUAACAGUGAAAGGUGUGGAUGAAGCAACCAUCAUUGACAUUCUAACUAAGAGAAACAAUGCUCAGCGUCAACAGAUCAAAGCAGCCUACCUCCAGGAAAAAGGAAAGCCACUAGAUGAAGCUCUGAAGAAAGCCCUCACAGGUCAUGUAGAAGAAGUGGCUUUAGGUUUGCUGAAAACUCCAGCCCAGUUUGAUGCAGAUGAGCUCCGUGCUGCCAUGAAGGGACUUGGAACUGAUGAAGACACCCUCAUUGAAAUUUUGACAUCAAGAAGCAACAGAGAAAUCAGAGAAAUUAAUAGAGUCUACAGAGAUGAACUGAAAAGAGAUUUGGCCAAAGAUAUCACCUCAGACACGUCUGGAGAUUUUCAGAAGGCUCUGCUUUCUCUUGUUAAGGGUGAUCGGUGUGAGGAUCUCAGUGUGAAUGACGAGUUGGCUGACACAGAUGCCAGGGCCUUAUUUGAAGCAGGAGAAAGGAGAAAGGGCACGGAUGUGAAUGUGUUCAACACCAUUCUGACCACCCGUAGCUACUCCCACCUUCGCAGAGUGUUUCAGAAAUACACCAAGUACAGUGAGCACGACAUGAACAAAGCUCUGGACCUGGAGCUGAAAGGUGACAUUGAGAAGUGCCUCACGGCCAUUGUGAAAUGUGCCACAAGCAAACCGGCUUUCUUUGCUGAGAAGCUUCAUCAGGCCAUAAAGGGUCCUGGAACACGUCAUAAGGCGCUGAUCAGGAUUAUGGUCUCUCGUUCUGAAAUCGACAUGAAUGAUAUCAAAGUAUACUAUCAGAAGAUGUAUGGCAUCUCCCUUUGCCAAGCCAUUCUGGAUGAAACCAAAGGAGAUUAUGAAAAAAUUCUGGUGGCUCUUUGUGGAGGAAACUAAACGUUCCUUUGAAGCUCUCAAGUAUUCUUAACAGAAGACUUCUUAAUCACAGUUUUCAUUCUGCAACAUUAGCUUAACUAGGAAGAUUUGUUCAACAGGUUUGCAGUGCACCUACCUGCUUUCUGAAAACAAUAUACCCUAUAAUUCUUUUUGUAUAAUGGAGAUAAUCUUGUUUUUUAAAUAUGUUUACCAGAAAACAUAAGACCCCAUAAACUAUGUAGGUGAAAAUAAAAAAGAUGUGACAAUUAUGUCAUUGGCACUUCA